AUGUGGAGACAGCUGCUGUCCCAUCCUGUCAUCUUGCCGAAGGUCUUGAGGGAGCUGAGCAGCAACCUCCAGCACCUGCGAUCACGUUCGACAUCCAGAUUCUGCAGAGUGAAGUUCUGCAUCUAUCCCUUGUCUCUGCUGGCCUCCAGCGAUGUGACACCAGAAGAGUUUGCUGGGAUGUACAAUACGGGGAGGUUCUCCUUGUCUCAAAAUGAGGCGCUGUUCUCACUGACGGUCACAGGCCUCAUCACGUUGUCACAGUCACCUGACACGGCAAGGAAAAUACUGGUCCUGCUGCCAGACUUGAUACACAGGCUGCAGAGAGCCGACAGUAAGAACAGAAGGAAGAUGCUGCUUGUUUUCAGAAAUGUGAUGGGUCAUUUGAAGAAGGAGGACAGCUCCACUACUCUGCAGCUGGCCGAGAAGCUCCUACAACUGUUUGAUGAUGUGUCCAGCCAGGUGCAAGAGCUCUCCAUCUGCCUCUUCAAAGAAAUACUACAGAUGGCAGAUAGGAAGCACCAGCGGCAGAUGCAGAAGAUUGCGCGGGAGAGCCUGGUCCCGCUCAUGUUGCACAUGAGUGAUGAGACUGAGAGUGUGGCCAAGGCCUCUCACGAAGCCUUCUGUGUAGCUGCAAAGGUGCUCAAGUUGAAACGGCUCAGUCACAAUGUGCAGGCACACGAGAUCUGGAGAACUGCGGAGUGCUUGCUGGAGCAGGACCGGAGCAGGGCUGAAGAGUAUGUGCGUCACAGCAUGCCUUAUCUGCAGCACACUCAGGUUACCAUGCGAUCGGCAGCCGUGAGGUUCAUCGGUGAGCCACAGUCCCUGGAGUCCCUCUUAUGGCAGCCUGGCCCCAGUCCCAUCUGCUGCACUGGCUGCGAGGAGCAGCCCUGUGCCUGCCAGAGCCCCAGCUGCCCCGUACAGGGCCUGUGCAGCCAGGGGCUCUGUGCUUCCCCCUCCUACUCCUGCUCUCGCAGCAGGGCUUGGUGGCACCUUGCUCAGUGUCACCUCCCCUCGGGUCCUGUCCUUCCCUGGGGUCACCCUGCUGAGGGGAGGGAAGGGGUGCAGCCAAACUGGCAGAGCCGGGGCCAGGAUACCAGGAGUGUCCUGGGCAGCAGCAGGUCUGACCGAGCUCUCUGCACAGGACUGGCUACGCAGUACCUGAAGGACAGCAGCAAGGACAGGCUGCAGGAGAUCCUUGAGGGUGAGUAGGGGCAGUGCUUU